GCAUAGUCAUAUAGAAUUCCCAUCAUGCCGUGAUCAAAAUGGCGGACAAAUUAAAGUUUUGAAAGACGAUGAUUUUGCCAAUUUGAGUUAUUUCAGAGACCUUAUUACUGAUUUGUUGGUGUAGUGUGACAUAGAAUAAUGGCGGAAGCUUGCAAGACACUAAAGAAGUACAGAAAUACACCUGUUUGGGUUGUGGAAGACCAUAAUGAUGCGCUGUACUAUAUCUACCGUGCAAUUGGCUCCCACCACCUCCCUCUCCACGGUGUAACCAUGGUCCACCUGGACUCCCAUCCUGACAUGCUCAUCCCAUGGAAGAUGCCUGCGGACACCGUCUUCAACAGGGAGGAAUUAUUCAAUACCUUGAGUAUCGAGAACUGGAUCCUCCCUGCAGCCUAUGCUGGUCACCUGGACUGUGUGGUGUGGGUGAAACCACCCUGGGCUGAACAGAUACAGGAACAGACGGUUUCCUUUUACAUAGGGAAACAUAGGACAUCAGGCACCAUCAGGGUAUCAAGUACAGAGUCCUACUUCCUAAGUGAGGCUUUAUACGCACCUGAAAGUCAGCUGGAAAACAAGAGACUGAUCACCCUACAUGUCUUGACACUGUCAGAGUCUAGUCAUACAACACACGACAACACAGAGCCUGAGGUGAAGAGAACAAGAAAGGAUCACCAGACAGAGCUCGAUGCUGAAAAACAAGACGGCACAGCCCAGAACUACCCCAGCAAAAGCACAGACCCUCUUAACUGUGGCAAAUGUACAAAUGAUGGUGUUCAACACAGAUUUGAAGAGUGCAUACCAGAAGAUUUUGAUGUUGCGAACAGGAAGAUCUUGAUAGAGAUACUUACAAGUGUGAGAAACAGCAGUGCAACGAUUCUUGACAUCGAUCUGGAUUUCUUCUCAACUCAGAAUCCCUUUCAGGACCUUUUCACAGAUGAACAGUUUGACAUCAUCCGUAAACUGUACAAUUUUGAGAGACCAGGUAGCACUGAUGUGGAUGCUCUCCUCGCGUAUACAGAGGGGAGACAGCAGCUCUUGGAACAGCUGGAAGACAUCUGCACUGACCUUCAGAAUGGGACAGACAUCAAGGACAUUAAGUGUGAUAGCAACAGGAAGGAGCUCUUAUCAACUCUUCUGAGAAGUAUGAGGGAAACAUUUCAGGAAAACCUUGACUUUGAACUGAUCCACCUGGCAGGCUGUACCUGUGAUGACACAGAGCUCCCACAUCAUGUCAGCUCUCAGGAGGAGAUAUCAAACCUGACUGUUGCCAUGGAAACCAUGCUGUCCUGCCUCCCUAGGCCUACGCUGGUCACUAUAGCAAGAUCUUCUGAUGAUGAUUACUGCCCAAAAUCUCAAGUAGAAAGUAUCCAGAAGAAGGUUUUAGAAUGCCUUGAGUCUCUAUAUGGUAACAUUGAUGUACAGCUAGAAUAUCUCCAAUAGGAGUAGUAAUGGCUCCGCCCCUGAGGUACCGCCAAAAUACAUU